UCCUUGCUAUUCUUUUGCUUCAAGAGAGGAAAAGAAGAACACUUUUUUCGGACGAGAUGGGUCGAGCUCCUUGCUGUGACAAAGCCAACGUGAAGAAAGGACCAUGGUCACCUGAAGAAGAUGCUAAGCUCAAGGCUUAUAUCGAGAAGUAUGGCACUGGAGGCAAUUGGAUUGCUCUUCCUCAGAAAAUUGGCCUCAAGAGAUGUGGAAAGAGUUGCAGGCUCAGAUGGCUGAAUUAUUUGAGACCAAACAUUAAGCAUGGAGGAUUCUCUGAAGAAGAAGACAACAUCAUCUGCAGCCUCUAUAUAAGUAUUGGAAGCAGGUGGUCCAUAAUUGCAGCCCAACUGCCUGGACGAACAGAUAAUGAUAUAAAAAACUACUGGAAUACCAAACUGAAGAAGAAACUACUUGGGAGGCGCAAACAAUCUAACAUCAAUAGGUUGUCGUCCUCGAAUCAGGACCCCAACGAGGUCAAUACUGCAAAUGAUAGUCAAUUCUCACAGGGUUUGAGCAACUCAGCCUUGGAACGACUGCAUCUCCACAUGCAGCUUCAAAGUCUUCAGAAUCCUUUCUCUUUCUACAACAACCCUGCUCUAUGGCCUAAGAUUCAUCCCUUGCAAGAAAAGAUGAUCCAAAGCAUCCAGUCCUCAAAUGGAAGCCCUAACCUUCUUAUGCAACCUCUUCUGCCAAACCCUCAACCUGAAAAUGAACGAACUGCUGAUUUCUAUGACCAACCUACUGCAGCUUCUGUGGCACAUCAGCAAGAUUAUCCAAAAAGCAGCAAUACCAAGGGACUUGAAUUGGAUAACUCUUUGGAUGGGAUAACUACAUCCGAUGGCUCGGAUCCCUUUGGUACCGGGAACAAUUUGAUGGACUCAGCCACCGUGCCAAAGGCAGAUGGCCAUCAUCAUGGAACAGCACAAUCAAAUGCGGCUGUUCAGCCAGUUUCAAACUUCCAGGCUGAGCUGGAUGAGUUUCUAAAUAACAAAACAGCUGGUUAUGUACCACAGGAAGACCAAAUGACUGAAUUUGAUUGCUUCAAGGAGAUGAAUGGUGCAAAGGACAGCCUGAUUUGGUGGUCUAAUGACUUUGAUGCAAAAUCAGCUUCUUCCAACUCUUGGGAUUCAACUUCUGUGCUUCAAUCCAGUGGAAUGUUUCAAGAUUAUGAAUUAGCGUAUAAUAUGUAGCGAGAGAGAAAAAAAAAAAAAAGAAUAGGGAUUGGCUCAAGUUUAUUUGUGGUGGACAUAAGAUGUGGAAGACUGGAUUUCAUACAGAGGUCUUGUAAAUUGUGUGAAUAAUAAAAGUUAAUUUCCUUCUCA